CAAUUCUCCAAGGUACACCUGGACGCAGUUUUUCUUGGUUGUUGGCAGAUAAGAUGUUCCAAGCUUCUUGGAGAAUUCACCACAGUUCUUCUUUCUAUUUAGGCUGUAUCAAUUGCUUCUGUCUUUUCAUGUAAUCCCAGACUGACUCGAUGUGGGGGUCUCUGUGUGGGCCAUGUCAUCUGUUGCAGGGCUCCCUGUUCUUCUAUUCUAUUCUAUUUGCAAAAUGAAUGUUUGGGAUGUAUAUUUCCUAUUGACACGCUAAACCUGAAGAUAUAAAUAACCAUCUUAAGACUGGAUAAGCAAUCUAUCUACAGGAGUCUGCAGUUGCAUGUAAGUGUGUUUAUUUCAUUGUUUUACUUUGUUGAAGUGUGGUAUUCAUUGCUAGGCUUGUGCUGUUUGUUUACUCUCUUGAACUCGCUUAAACGUAGGUUGGUGUGUGUGUGCUAUAUUGUUUUGACUUGUCCCAGGUUAUUCACUGCUAGAUUGAGCAUUGGUUGUCCAGUGUGUGUAAAACUAUCGUGGUUUUUAGUGUUUAUAAACAGUGCUUCACUUGUUUUAGGGUAUUAUUGAUUGCUAAAGUGCAGCAUAAUUUAUUUGCGGUGCCCAGAAGUCGUGCUUGUCACCUCGCGCGACCCUUAGUUUCUGUUGACCACGUGACUAGCUUUGUUGUGCUAAGUAGCAUUAAGGCGUGUCCAUCGGCAGGUAGGAUAUUUAAACCGUUGGAUCCAUAGACAUCCAGGAUAAGCAAUCUAUCUACAGGAGUCUACAGUUGCGUGUAAGUGUGUUUAUUUCAUUGUUUUACUUUGUUGAAGAGUGGUAUUCAUUGCUAGACUUGUGCUGUUUGUUUACUGUCUUGAACUCGCGUCGCUUAAACGUAGGUUGGUGUGUGUGUGCCAUAUUGUUUUGACUUGUCCCAGGUUAUUCACUGCUAGAUUGAGCGUUGGUUGUCCAGUGUGUGUAAAACUAUCGUUGGUUUUAGUGUUUAUAAAAAGUGCUUCACUUGUUUUAGGGUAUUACUGAUUGCUAAAGUGCAGCAUAAUUUAUUUGCGGUGCCCAGAAGUCGUGCUUGUCACCUCGCAUGACCCUUAGUUUCUGUUGACCACGUGACUAACGUUUUUCAUUGAACAGCUCAUUAUCAUCGCGGACUGACACGGAAGCGGCAGUGGAAGUUGUAGCCCUCGUGUAAAGCCCUCCUCAUGUGAAGACCUACUUGGGUAAAGACCAGCGAGUCACUCAACAUAGCACUUAAGUAUCUUGUUAUUGUAUCUCUUUUAUUAUUUUCCUUCUAUAUACUAACAUGUCUACUUCACGAAUAACACAUGCCUUCAAGCACAUCCCUGUUAUCUGUUACAGACCGUUUACACGAUAUCGAUGCAAGACCAAACGCAACCCACACAACCUACGGCCACUUUGCACUUCAGCACCUGCUCCGCUCUCUUUAUCAUUGGGACUCUGGAACUGCCAGUCAGCGGUGAACAAAGCUGACUUCAUUCCAGCCUUUGCCACGCAGUCCACCCUCAGCAUCCUGGCACUGACAGAAACAUGGAUACGUCCAGAGGAUACAGCAACACCUGCUGCUCUCUCCAACAACUUCUCCUUCUCUCACACCCCUCGACACACUGGUAGGGGUGGGGGAACAGGUCAGCUGACAAACUUUCUUGAGGAGUUGGAUGUCCUGCUAUCCUCCUUGCCGGAGGAUGGUAGGCCACUUGUGGUUCUUGGUGAUUUCAACAUACACCAAGACAAGCCCCAGGCCACUGAACUGAAUACUCUCCUGGCCUCAUUUGACUUGGAAAGACUACACACCACAGCAACUCACAGAUCGGGCAACCAGCUGGACCUCAUCUUUACACGCCAGCACGUGCUACACCACCCAGCCCCUGGCUGUCUGACGUCCUUCGUGAACAUUGGACUGACCUCAGGGCAGCUGAGAGGAGAUGGCGGAAAUCUAAAGAUCCAGCAGAUCUAGAACAAGCUGCUGAAUGACAAUCAGUCAGGCUUCAAAAGUGGACACUCCACCGAGACUACCCUGCUGUCUGUCACUGAGUCGCUGAGAUGGGCGAAAGCUGAAUCCAAAUCAUCAGUCCUGAUUCUGCUGGACCUUUCUGCAGCCUUUGACACAGUCAACCAUCAGAUCUUACUCUCUACCCUCUCCUCGCUGGGCAUCACAGGAACUGUGCUUGGCUGGUUUAAUUCCUAUCUCUCAGGUAGGUCCUUCAGGCAGCCUAGAGAUGUGAGAUAUCCAAGCCACAUCAGCUACUUACUGGGGUACCUCAGGGAUCAGUGCUUGGGCCACUUCUCUUCUCUAUAUACACAACAUCACUGGGACCCAUCAUUCAGGCACAUAGUUUCUCUCACCACUGCUACGCUGAUGACACACAACUCUACUUGUCUUUCCAGCCCAACGACACCACAGUGACUGCUUAAAUUUCUGCCUGUCUGCCGGACAUCUCGGCCUAGAUGAAGGAGCACCACCUGCAACUCAACCCAGCCAAGACUGAACUUCUUGUGUUUCCAACCAACCCUGCUGUUGAACACAACAUCACCGUGCAGAUGGGUACAACUACGGUAACGCCUUCCAAAUCGGUCAGAAAACUAGGAGUAACUAUCGACAACAGACUAAAUUUCACAGACCACAUCUGAAAGACCGCAAGAUCAUGUAGGUUUACACUCUACAAUAUCAGGAAGAUAAGACCCUUCCUCUCUGAACAUGCCACACAACUGCUUGUCCAGUUACUUUUCAUUAGACCCCUGCAAAUGAUCCAGAAUGCAGCAGCACGUCUGGUCUUUAAUGAACCAAAGACAGCACAUGUUACACCACUCCUUGUCUCUCUCCACUGGCUGCCGGUUGAUGCACGUAUCAAAUUCAAGGCUCUGAUGCUGGCAUACAGAACAGUCACUGGGUCUGCUCCAGCAUACCUAAAAUCAUUUAUACAGAGCUACGCGCCCACUAGAAGCCUGCGGUCGGCUAAGGAACGACGCCUUGUUGUACCAACACAAAGAGGCACCAAAACACUUUCAGCUUCAUCAUACCACGUUGGUGGAACAACCUUCCCAACUCCAUCCGUGAAGCUGACUCACUCUCUGUCUUCAAAAAAUGACUAAAAACACAUCUGUUCCAUGAGCACUUAACCAGUCAUUAUAAAAAUUAAAAAAUAAAUAAAAACUUUAUUCUGUUUUGAAUACUAUUAUGAUGCUAGUGAUACUUUGUAAUAGAGCACUUUUCAUACCACCGGUUCCUAAGAUGAUUCGCUUAUGUUUUCCUCUUUUGUAAGUCUCUUUGGAUAAAAGCGUCUGCCAAAUGAAUAAAUGUAAAUGAGAAUGUAAGACAUAUGUUUUUGUGAAAGACUUUUGCACAGUACAGUAUAUAUAUAUAUAUAUAUAUAUAUAUAUAUAUAUAUAUAUAUAUAUAUAUAUA